GGUUGUUGAAUGCGUCACUAGUGCGCGCCGUAGGAAGCCUGACAAGCCGCAUGGCUGCGGGUUGCUCAGAGGCUCCACGGCCGAAGGCGGCCUCAGAAGGGCCGGUGGUGGGGCCGGCCGGCGUCUUGCCUUGCCUAGAACUGCCGACCUACGCUACCGCUUGUGCGCUCGUGAACAGCCGCUACUCUUGCCUGGUGGCGGGGCCGCACCGAAGACACAUCGCACUGUCCCCGCGCUACCUUAACAGGAAACGCACCGGUAUCCGAGAACAACUGGAUGCGGAACUGCUGCGCUAUUCCGAGAGCCUUUUAGGUGUACCCAUUGCUUAUGAUAAUAUCAAAGUAGUGGGUGAACUAGGAGAUAUUUAUGAUGAUCAAGGACACAUUCAUCUUAACAUUGAAGCAGAUUUUGUUAUUUUCUGCCCUGAACCAGGGCAAAAGCUUAUGGGUACAGUUAAUAAAGUAUCUUCCAGCCACAUUGGCUGUUUGGUACAUGGGUGCUUCAAUGCCUCCAUCCCUAAACCUGAGCAGAUGGCACCUGAGCAGUGGCAGACUCUGGAGAUAAACGUGGGUGAUGAACUUGAAUUUGAAGUAUUUCGUUUAGAUUCAGACGCUGCUGGAGUAUUCUGCAUUCGGGGAAAACUAAGUAUCACUAGUUUACAAACCAAGCGCUCUGCAGUUUCUGAAGAAGUAACAGAAACUGGCACUGAAGAAGCUGUUGAAAAACCUCCAAAGAAGAAAAAGAAAAAGAAGGAAGACCCAGAACCAUAUGAAGUGGAAGGUGGUACCACAGAGCUAGCAGAUUUUGCAGAUGUUACCAUGGAGAGAGACAUGCAGAUGAAUAACAAUGUGAAUGGCCUCCUGGAGGAAAAGCCAAAGAAGAAAAAGAAGAAGAAAAAGCACCAGGAAGAUCAGGACCAGGACCCUCUUUUCCAAGGCAGUGACUCCAGUGGUUACCAAAGCGACCGUAAAAAAAAAAAGAAAAGAAAGCACAGUGAGGAGGCUGAAUUUACACCACUUUUGGAACAUGUACCUAAGAGAAAAGGGAAAAGUAAUUUUCUCUAGUGCAUUUUAAAUAUGAUUUGGUUUUUAAAAGAGUGAUUUACAUACAAUAGAUGACUAAAUGUUUAAAUUAUAUGAAAUUUUUAUAUUCCAGUAGUUUGCAAAACAGGAAACAUUUGAUUAGGAGUUGAGUUUUUGGUGCUAAAAUUAUAAAACUGAUCAUUUGGGAAAUACCAGUAUUAAAAGUACCAUUUUAUUGUAUACAGAAUAAAAGCAAGAGCUCUUUCAUAAAUGAUUGCUAAGUAAAAUGAUUUCUACAGGCUCAAGGCUAGCAGGACUUGAUCAUACAGUGUUAGUUCACGUCAUAACGAAUGUAUUUUGAACUUGGGUUUUUGUUUUUUUAAACAGGUUUAGCAUUUAGUUGUGGUAUUACAUGCCUAUUUUAUUUUACUUUGUUUAAAAUUCAAGGCGUUUACCAGUUUUAGGAUUUCUUUUUUCAUGGCUGCUACAGUAGUUCUCUCGUGGAACUUAGAAUGGUUUGCCAGAGGGUUUCUGAAGUUUCCAGAGCUUAUAAGAACCUUGCCACUACUGACUGUGGUAGGAAACAAUAUUCACUAUUUUUUCCUUCUAGGUGCAUGUGUUUUCCUUUUUCUCUAAGAGGCUGAUGGAGAGGCUGUUCUCUUAUACUUGUUCAUUUGUGCCUCAACCACUCUGCUUUUGUUGUGUUGGAGGAGGAGAGUCUGACGAAGACAGGAUAAGUAUGAUACUUACUAGUGGAGAAUUUCCCAAUUUUUAAUAAUUGAGUUAAGCUACUAGAAACUGUUAUGAAGAGAAAAUGGCUGUUCACUGCUUUCAGUAAGAAAAUGUGGAAUAUCUUAACUAUUGGAAAACAAUGAAAUGACAAGCUGGCUCAGGCUGAUAUUCAGUGAGAGGUCAUGUUCAUCCAUUUAACAGAUAUUCGAUCAACUACUAUGUGUAAACACAUUCUACUAAGGUCCAGGGUAUAAUGGAAAACAAGGUACAGGUCGUUCCUUCCCUAAUGGAAUGUCAUUGGAGAAACAGAUUGCACAAACAGAAUAUAAGUAAAAAAAUUAGUAAUUACAGUAAGUGCUGUAAAGAAAAAAGAUUAUCUACUUACUGUUAGUUGUGUUAGAAUCUGUAAACAGAUGAAUGAAUAUUCCAUGUGGCAUCCAUUUUUAUUGCCAUUUAUCUAGUAUCAGACAUAGUACUGGUCUUAAAUUCUGCUAGUAGUAUAUCUUGAUGCACAUCUAUGAUGACAGAAUAUAGAAUUUGGAGAGUGGCUGUCAGUCACAGUGUCUGUUUACAAGCAGAUAUACAAGACAAUAGACAUGUGCAGGCCAGUUGGUCUUUACAUAUAAUUUAGUUUCAUUUGGCUAUUUAGCCCUUGAAAUGUGGCUAAGUCCAAAUUGAGAUAUGGUAUCAGUAUAAAAUACAUCAGACUGAAGAUGUACAAAGAAUGAAUGUAAAAAUAUCUCAAUUUUUGUAUAUUGGUGAGAGAAUAUUUUUGGCAUAGAGGGGUAAAUAAAAUGUUAAAAAUUAAUUCAGCUUUUUUUUUCCUUUUUUUUUUUUUUUCCUUCAAGUUUCAUAUGAGGCCCACAUUAUCUUUUGGACAGCACUGGUUUAAAGGAAGGAUGACUUGAAAAAGAUUUUAGAACAAGCUAUAUUAUAUUCUCAGAGUUUAAGAUAGUGCCAUAACCAGAAAAUGUUUUAUAAAAAUUUAAAAUUUGAAUAAUUAUAAUCACAUCUGACUUAUGAAAAAUUAAUUUUCGUCAAACAGUUCUAAAUCUCUCCUGGUAAAUACCGAGGAAGCUUUCAAAUUAAUGCUCUUCUUUGAAAAAUACAUUGCAGUUCAGCAAAAUAAGCAAAUUCCCACAUGUUACUUUUAUUUUGCUUCAGUUGCUGCUUCUGUCAAUCAUACUGUAUUUUAAAAUAAUUUGCAUCUUUGAAGAAAGAAGCAUGCUGAACUUGAAAUUAGAUUUAUUCAUGGUUUUUCAUAAUGUCAGUAGCUUUGAAAAGGCAGAUCUGGUCUUUUGCCUUGCCUAGAAUACAGUGACUUGUUUUUACCUGGUACAGAAACUUCUAAUGAUGUUAUCUUCCAUAUAUUUUUCAACAACAUUUCUCACAUGCUGUGCUAAUCUAGGUUUUUCCUUUUCUAUCUAUCUCAGAAUUUGCUCAUUAAAAUCCUCUAGCCUA